AUGAAUUUGAUCUGGGCCCUAAAACUUCUCCAAAGCAAUCCACCUCGAAGCGAUCUGCUGUCAACUCGAGACGAGCCCUCUCCACUCUCAGAAAUCGAGCGAAGAGGCCUCAUCGCCAUCUCAGUGCUGGCCGUGAUCUCCUCCAUCGCCACGUUCAGUCUCCUCUGCUUCAUCUCCUACCGACUCAUCUCCUGGAGCGGGGGCAACUACAAACGCUAUCUCGGCGACAACCAGUACGUCCUCUUAAUCUACAACCUCCUGCUGGCCGACCUGCAGCAGUCGCUGGCCUUUCUGAUCUGCGCGUAUUGGAUCGUGCACGAUGCCAUCCGCGCCCAUACGCCAGCGUGUUUCCUGCAGGGGUUGUGGCUGCAGGUUGGCGAUCCGGGGAGCGGGUUGUUCGUGCUGGCUAUCGCCGUUCACACCUUUAUCCUCGUGAGGUCCGGUCGAAAGCCUGAACAUCGGUGGUUUCUGACCGCCGUGGGUGGUGUAUGGCUGUUUCUGGCGGUCCUUGUCAUCGUGCCGCUGGCUUCGCAUGGGACAGGCGUCUUUGUCCCGUCGGGGGCGUGGUGCUGGAUCAACGAAUCCUACGAGUCGGAUCGACUGUGGACACACUACCUGUGGAUUUUCCUUGCGGAAUUCGGCACGCUGUUGCUGUAUACCAUCAUGUUCAUCAACUUGAGACGGCAGAUGGCCGCAUCGACCAUCCUCGGGAGCCUCCACGCCGAGAACCUGCGGCGACUGCGACGGGUGGUCAGCUACAUGGUGAUUUAUCCACUGGCGUACGUGGUGUUGUCUCUCCCUCUGGCAGCUGGACGGAUGGCGACUGCGCGGGGAUCGACGCCCAGCAUAGCGUAUUUCUGUAUGUCGGGGGCCAUGAUGACGAGUUCCGGGUUUGUCGACGCCAUCAUGUACACCUUCACACGGCAGAACCUCCUCUUGGAGUCGGAACCGAGGAGGGAUCGCUACAACCGCUGUCAACGUAACCACCACCAUCACCCACAAACCCAACUAACAACGAUCAUCACCGCGAUUGGCAGUCCCAAUUCUGAUUCUCCAAAAGCGGGAUGGAAGCUCAAUCCAUUCCGGGGGUGUACUACCGGCAAUAGCAAUCGAUUUCGUGCUGAUAGGCAGGACAACUCAACAGAGCAUGCUGUCUUGGGUGAGGACAUGGUGUCGCUGCCACCGAUGGGCAAAGUAUACCAGAAGACGACAAUCGAGAUCAGACACGAACCGGUCAGCGAACUAUCCGGUCGGGAUCUGCCGGAUCACGAUUGUUAUCAUUGUCGCUACUAUCAUGAUUAUGAUUAUGAUCUGUCCUCGAGUGCGGAGCGGAUGUGGGGGAAAUAA